GCAUCCAUACCCUAGAUUCAUUUGGGCGCAAAAGAGGAAGAGAGGGAGAAGAGAAAGAGAAGACGAUUUGGUAAGCAAUGGCGCCGAAGACUACACCAAGGGUGAGCCGAAACCCUGAUCUGAUUAGAGGAGUCGGCAAGUUUUCGAGGUCGAAGAUGUACCAUAAGAGGGGUUUGUGGGCCAUCAAGGCCAAAAACGGCGGCGCUUUUCCCCGCCAUGACAAGAAGCCCACUGCCGCGCCGCCGGUUGCCGAGAAGCCGCCCAAAUUCUACCCCGCCGAUGAUGUUAAGAAGCCCCUCGUCAAUAAGCGCAAACCCAAGCCUACCAAGCUCAGGGCUAGUAUUACUCCGGGGACAGUGCUAAUUGUUUUAGCUGGGAGAUUUAAGGGCAAGAGAGUCGUGUUUCUCAAGCAACUGGCUUCUGGGUUGCUUCUCGUUACUGGACCAUUCAAGAUUAAUGGUGUUCCUCUAAGGCGUGUAAAUCAAGCUUAUGUGAUUGCCACUUCAACCAAGGUAGACAUCUCGGGUGUCAGUGUUGAAAAAUUUGAUGACAAGUAUUUUGCAAAACAAGUCGAGAAGAAGAAAAAGAAGGCAGAAGGCGAGUUCUUUGAGGCAGAAAAAGAGGAGAAGAAUGUUCUUCCACAGGAUAAGAAGGAUGAUCAAAAAACUGUAGAUGAAUCCUUGAUAAAGUGCGUUGAAGCUGUUCCAGAUUUGAAGGCAUAUUUGGGUGCUAGGUUUUCGCUCAAGGCAGGCAUGAAACCCCAUGAGCUUGUCUUUUAGAGGAAGCAGUUCCAAAGCUGUUAGGACUAUAUUUUUGGUUACUGUGAUUUUUUUUCUUGGCUUGAACUUGGUGUAGUGGCUGUACUCUUUUAUGAUUUUAUUGGUGAUAUUCAUCUAAUUUUUGUCUUUGAGGAAUUUUUGAGUGAGUUAUUUUGUUUUGUUUCAUGAGUAUAAUGGAUAUAUGGCAAGUAUCUAC